AGUGUUGAAAAAGCUCCAACAGGCAUUGGUAACAUGCUUCUGCUCUUCUCUGGCUUGUGCCUGUGCUCAAUUGUCAGUUGCCACAGGUAUAUGUCUGUACCUGGCGCCCCCUAUAACAUCAGCACGGAUGACAAGGGGGUCCUAAAGGCGGUUCUUCAUGGGACCUAUUCAUUUAACAACCAGACCAAUGAUGCUUUCCUCUUCAGGCCAUCUGCAAUCGAGAAAGCAGAAAGACAGCUUGUAAAGGGGGUCAAAUACAUUCUGGAAGUAGACCUCUCACGGACUGUGUGCCUCAAAAAGUGGCACAGAAACACAGACCUGGCCAACUGCAAGUUCCAACCAGAUGGUUUGUUACAGCAGACCUUCCACUGUGACUUUGAGGUUUGGACUAUGUCUUGGCUCCACUUCAUGAAGACUACCAAUUUUAUUUGCAGUCCAUCUGACCGACCUUCCACUUCUCCAUGAAACCCAAUCCUUCCUCAUUCAAUGUUCUGAGGAAAUACUAAGCUGUUUCCUUCUAAACAUGGUCAUAUAACUGAGCAUAUUUACAUUUCUCUAAAUAAAAGGAGUAGUUCACUAUUUUACAACUUGAUGUUAGAUGGUCCCUCAACCUGAAAGUAGUCUAUGAGCAAGGAGAAACUGUAAUCCAUGGUUCUUUAAACAGCCAAUAAAAACUUCAGCUAAGUUUAGCCACCACAAGAUAACAAUCAAUGGAAGUGAUGGGGGCAUGUUUAAAAAAAUAAAUGGCCAAAUCACCUUUAAGUAACAUAAAAACAAAUAUGUAGUUGAUUUGAAUUGAUUUCAGGUGAUUUGGAAUAAAUCAAUUUUUAAACAUGCCCCAUCACUUCCAUUGAUUGUUAGCUUGGGGUUGGCUAAGGUUAGCUGAAGUUUGUAGUGGCUGUUUAAAGAAAACCGAAGCAUGGAUUACAGUUUAUCUUGGCCCAUAGACUACUUUCAGGGUGAGGAACCGUCUAACAUCAAGUUGUAAAAUAGUGAACUACUCCUUUAACAUAUAUAGUCAAACAAUGGCAAUUUCCAUGUGUCUUGAGUAGCAAUAUGAUUUUCAGGCCUUUCAAGUCUAACUUACAUAGCAAUAACAACCGAAAGGCACCUAACCUUGUACUUUAUCCUAUAAUAAAAUGGUAGACCGCA